UCUCUGCAUCUUUAAUGUGCUGUUCAACACAGGCCUUGCACAAAGAGUUGAUUGGACAGAGGCAGGAUGUAGACGGCACUCUGAAUCAAGUGUGUCUAUCUCUGGCUGUCCAACCUGCGACAAUGGAGGUCCAGAGCAGUACAGAGACGGCUGCAGAGACAGCCCAGGAAGAGAAGAUCCGUCAGCUGGCUCAAGCGGUUCAGGAUCAGGCCUUUGAGGUUCAGCAGCACUGGGAACGGUUCAGUGCUCAGGCCGCCAGCUGGCAGCACCAGGUUGACUGGGCUCUGGGGAAACUUCAGGACCUCCAGGAUGCCAUGAACCAACUGGAGCUCGGUCUGCUUGAGAUGGAGAAUGAGAACUGGCAUUCUGAGGAACGCAGCAUGGUCAGCUGUGUGCUGGAGAACGGGACUAUAGGUAAUUUGCACCGGCAGUUGCAAUGCUCUCAUACGGAUAAGAGACAUUUGUCCCACGACUUCUUGUCUGUUUCCGUUCAGUUCCCAUGGCAGAGAGCUGUUUUUCAUAAUGGCGUCCCUUAUUAUAUCAAUCAUGAGCAGCAGACCACCUCAUGGGAUCAUCCAAAGAUGACACAACUAUUUCAGUCAAUGGCUGAUCUGAGUCGAGUGCGUUUCUCCGCUUACCGCACAGCUAUGAAGAGCCGCCGGCUACAGAAGGCCCUCUGCUUGGACCUUUUGGAGCUCAGCAGAGCCCAGAGCGUCUUUGAUCAACACAAACUCACGCAUAAUGAGCAGCUACUGGAGAUACCAUGCAUCAUAAACUGUCUCUGCACAAUCUACCAUGAACUUCAGCAGGUGCAUCCGGAUCUGGUUAACAUCCCUCUGUGUGUGGAUCUGUGUCUCAACUGGCUUCUAAAAGUCUAUGACAGCGGAAGAAGCGGAAAAGUUCAAGUAUUGUCCAUGAAGAUAGGCUUGUUUUCUCUUUCAAAAGGACCCAUAAAGGACAAGUACAAAUAUCUGUUCGCUCAGGUGGCCAGCGCUGCAGGGCUCUGUAACCAGAGGCAGCUGGCUUUACUGCUACACAACGGCAUCCAAAUCCCACAUCAGUUCGGGGAGGCGGCCGCGUUCGGAGGGAGUAACAUGGAGCCUAGUGUCCGUAGCUGCUUUCAAUAUGUGGGCCGUGAUGAUGUCAUUGAGCUGCAACAGUUUGUGGACUGGAUGCAUUUGGAGCCACAGUCCAUGGUGUGGUUGCCUGUACUUCAUAGAGUCGUCUCUGCAGAAACGGCCAAACACCAGGCCAGAUGUAACAUCUGUAAAGAGUGUCCCAUGGUGGGCUUCAGGUAUCGAAGUCUAAAGCACUUCAACUACAACGUGUGUCAGACAUGUUUUUUCUCGGGAAGGAUUACCAAGGACCAUCAUCUCAGCUACCCCAUGGUGGAGUACUGCACCCCUACGACCUCUGGAGAAGAUGUGCGUGACUUCACCAAGGUGCUGAAAAACAAGUUCCGCUCAAAGAAGUACUUCACCAAACACCCUCGGCUCGGCUACCUGCCCGUGCAGACCAUCCUAGAGGAAGAGCAUUUGGAGACCCCAGUUGGAUUUCUAAGUAUGUGUCCAGAGGAGUAUGAGUCGACACAAAGAGAUGGAGAAUCUAGUGCCAUCUUACCUGUACCAGAAUCUCAACUGUCAACAGGAAAAAUGAGUGAAGACCAAAUCCACACUCAGAUUCACGAGAGACCAGCUAUACAUGCUCAUCAGAGCACAUCCGACACUGAGAUGAUGAUGAACGAGCUGGAAUGUUCUCUGCAGUCUGGAGGCGGACAGGUCUGAGGAUGUUUUUCGUGACUUCACAUGAGACUCUGCCGUCAAUCAUAUGAGAUAGCGGAGGCCUGGGAUCUGAAGUUUGAGUUCUUUGCAUACGAUUUCAUCUCGCACCACACGCCAAGAUGACUGAUGCAGUUUUAGACUUUCAUCAUCACUGUCUUCUGCUUCUCAAAAUGAUAAGAUCUGUAGUCGACCGCAGUGCAGAUGUGUUUGUUUAUCCAUGAGCUGUUCGUUAGAGGAUGACUGUACAGAUCAGACCCCACGCGACUUCCUCCCACAGAGACUACCGUCAUGCUUUAAUGCCACUGAUAAAAAUUUACACAAACAUGACAAUCGGCUCUGAGCAAUGCAAAGUCUGCUUUAAUGUGUACUGUGGAAGGAAUACGAUUUUUGCAGCUAGGGCAAAAGCAACAAGAAUUUGAAAAAUAACCACACAAGUGGAGUGUCUCUUCCAAUUUCAUUGAGAUAUGUAAUAGAUGUUUCCCAUCUUUGUUCCUUAAUAUGAUGACUGAAACAAUAUAAUGUUAUACAUUUGUUUACUUGAUUUUGAUGCUAUAUUUCUAUGCAUCUUGUGGUGUCGCAACAAAUCUUUACAAUUAUAUUGGAAAUGCACUUGUUUGAUAUUGGUCCUACUGUGAAAAGCUUCUGUCACCAUUAAACUUAAUUGGAUUUGACUGGACAACUUCAUCGUAAUGGAUAUAGUUGUCUCAGAUGUUCCUGCUGUAUUUUCAAUCACAUUUUAAUCAUUUAAAAUCACAUUCAGGCCUCAUUUAAUUAAAAGAUUACUCAUAAACAAACUCUGAAUAUCAAUAGUACAUGAUUAAUUAAGGAUGUUUUGAACUGGAGGAUUCAUAUCCUUUUGUUUGAUUAUUGUCACUGAUGUUUUUCUUGUUUUUAUGCAGACUGCCAGUUACAAAGCAGUUUCUAAAAUCAGGAUGCUAUUAAGGCUGCUCAGACACAAAGUUAACAUUUAAUGUUCUAUUUUGUUUUAGGAGACAAUGGAAACUUUUUAAUGCCUGUUUAAUGGGCUAAUGGUUCAAGGAGCUCUCCUCAUGAUUCAUUAUGUAAUUGGUAAUUACUGUAUUACAUAACGGGCAAAUUAUAAUGCAAAGCAGAUGUUGCUAACAAAAAGGAUCACUACUUUAAGGAUUAAACAGCUUUAAAAGCUCAAACACUGGAGUUUUGUCAAAUAGGGCCUACAUUAAUACUCUCUCUAAAGAUGGAUUUUAAAAGAACGCAUCAUUUAUUGAAGAACAUGGUUGCUUCCAAAAUAUUACAUGCUUCUUUGUUUAGCUAAACAAAGAAACCUGCUGAUGUUGU